AUGCACGAAGAGUGCUCACGGCUGACUUGGCUAGGCGUAGGGACCGACAAACAACGUGAACCCUUGGACGCCCACCCCACGCCAGAGACCCUGGGGGCAUGUGAGCAUCAGUGCCAAUGGCUGUAUCCCUUUGUUGGUUUCCAAAUUCGUCUCCAAGUAAGCAUUCCGCCCCCGAUGCCAAGAUUGCUUCGACCCUUGGCGGCACCCAGGGCGUGGGACGCCGCAGGUGCUGUGAGACACGAUGACCUACGCAGUGUAUUCCCCCCCUCUGGGCGGGAAGCCGAGGGGGGGCGAACCGCCAGCCUCACCGAUGAGCGCCAUCCCGCGCCGUAG